UUUGUCUUCUUUCAUUCUUUUCCUAUUGUCAUAAGUUUACUUAUCAAACAUCUCUAUUGUUCUACAUCAUAGCGAUGCCUCAACAAGAGCGCGUCCCGUCGACAUGGGUCGAGAGCACAGCUAGCUCAGGCAAGCUGCUGCAGCUUGAUUCCGCAGAUUCUCAGCUCCCCUUCCAGUUCACACUAGAUGCCCUACGCCACAAUGUAUUUCGGACGACGUUCACGUCUAAAACGCAUCCUCUGCCUCCUCAUCCAAGCGUGUCCCUGCCAGAGAAGCAGGUAGAUGCCGCUGCUGUAAGGUCAUCAUCUACCAGCACCAAGAAGGAGAUCAAAAUCGGGCCAAUUACAGUUGCAAUUGACUGGACUGAGUCCUCCCCCUUGUUAUCUGUCUUCUUGGAAGGCCACGAGAAGGGGCCUCUCCAUGAAGAUCUGCCAAAUCGCUCAUACGUUGUUGAUGGCGAAGGCGUUGCCCAUUACUCGCGCUACAACAGAGAUACCCUGUACGUUGGCCUGGGCGAGAAGGCUGCGCCAAUGAACUUGGCUGGGCGAAAAUUUGAGCUUUCGGCAACAGACAGUUUUGGAUACGAUGUUUAUCGCACUGAUCCUCUGUACAAAAACAUUCCGCUUCUCAUAAAUGCGACGCCCAGCGGCUGCGUGGCUCUAUUUUCAACGUCUCAUGCGCGGGGCUCAUAUUCCAUAGGAGCUGAGAUGGACGGUAUGUGGGGUCGUUAUAAGGUGUAUCGACAGGACUACGGCGGAUUGGAAGAGUACAUCAUCGUUGGCAAAACUCUUAAAGAUAUUGUCACGACAUACGCUGACCUAGCGGGAUACCCUCUUCUUGUGCCAAGAUGGGCAUUUGGCUACCUCUCGGGUGGCAUGAAGUACUCUAUGCUCGACGAUCCUCCAGCUUCUGAGGCACUGCUUGAUCUUGCGCGUAAGAUGAAGGAGCACGACAUCCCGUGCUCGGCAUACCAAAUGUCGUCUGGUUACACGGUGGCAGAGAAGCCUCCGAAAACACGAAAUGUCUUUACCUGGAACCGUCAUCGGUUCUCUGACCCAGAGGGGUUCAUCAAGGAAUAUCACAAACUUGGCAUGAGACUCAUCGCCAACGUCAAGCCAUAUGUCAUCGCAACUCACCCAGAGUAUGAGAAACUCAAGGCAGCAAAUGCACUCUUCAUUGACCCUCACACAAAGAAGACGGCCGUAACCCGACUUUGGAGCGCCGGCGGUGGCGAAAGCGCCGAGGGUGGACACAUUGAUUUCACUUCUGCUGCUGGAUUCAAGUGGUGGUACGAAGGCGUCAAGAGGCUGGGUCAAGAAGGCAUUGACUGCAUCUGGAACGACAACAAUGAGUACACAGUUACUGAUGACGGAUGGAUCUGUGCGCUGGAUGAUCCCUCUCUCUCUGUAAGGGACGAUGUUAAAGAUACGCCCCAGAUAGGUCUAUGGGGUCGCAGUCUACACACAGAACUUCAUGGCAAAGCGUCCCACGAUGCCCUUGUUGAUGUUAAUCCUGAUGUGCGGCCGUUUGUCCUUACUCGCAGCGCCACGACCGGCACUAUGAGAUAUGCCUGCAGCUCAUGGAGCGGAGAUAACACCACCAGCUGGGCCAGCAUGAAAGGCUCUAAUGCUCUUGCUCUUAAUGCGGGCAUGUCCUUGCUGCAGUGCUAUGGCCAUGAUAUUGGAGGCUUUGAGGGCCCUCAGCCAUCGCCCGAGCUUCUUCUUCGAUGGAUACAGCUGGGUACCUACUCACAGCGCUUUGCCAUCAACUGUUUCAAGACCAUUAAUGAAAACAGCAUUGGAGAUGUCAUCGAGCCAUGGAUGUACCCUGAAAUUACGCAUCUGGUCCGGAAAGCAAUUAAGCGAAGAUAUGCCAUGAUUCCCUACAUUUAUUCCCUGAUGCUGGAGAGCCAUCAAACGGCUAUUCCGCCUCAGAGAUGGACCGGUUGGGGCUACGAGGAGGAUCCAGAAGUAUGGACAGGAUUGAUUACAGAGGGAGAAACGCAAUACUGGCUUGGCGAUUCGCUUUUAAUCGGCGGCGUAUAUGAACCUGGUGCAACCCAAGCACGGGUCUACCUCCCCAAGGCUUCUGAUGGCGACGAAGGCUACAUUAAUCUCAAAGCUCCUUACCAAUAUUUGGAAGCAGGACAAUGGGCCACGAUAGAUGCAGAGUGGCACGGUGCUGGCAUUCCGGUGCUCGCCAAGGUGGGAACCGCCAUCCCGGUGGGUAGAGAUGUGCAAGUUCUGUCGCCUGGCGAAAAGGAAAACGUAGCAGGCCUUCCAUUGGACGACUAUCGCGCAGUCGAAAUCUUCCCGCCUCGCGAAGGGUCCAAUAGUGCGAAGAAGUACAAGACAGUUUGGUAUGAAGACGAUGGUGUAUCGGCUGUGGCAAAGAACAAGGUUUCCAAAUAUAGCAUCGAAUACUCUGUCGAAGGGUCGGCAAUCAAGGUUCAGUUUUCUAGGGACGAGACAUCAGGAUUCGUGGCGCCUUGGAAAGCGCCUGUUAUUGUGCUCCCUCCGGGAGACUCGCGAGUGGUUAUCUCAAGCGAAGGGUUACAGGUGCAUGGGUUGGGCACGGAUGACGAGGGAAAGAGAAGAUUCCAGAUUGGUUAAUUUAGGAAGAAAUAAAAACGCAAAUAGAUUUCAUUGUAAUCGAAUACAUAUACAUAUUAUUAUUUCCA